GAAAAAUAUGUAUCAUUGCUUAAAUAUGCAUAUUUUAGUGUAAUAAUAGUUUGUAGGGAAAGUCUGCAGGGGAAUCCUUAUGUGUAUGUAGGUGGUUUAUUUGUUUACAGAACACACACAGGAUGAUAAAUAACUCUGCUGUGCUGUUGAGGCAUUCAGGCGCAUUGCGUAUUUCUGAGUGACAGACGUCAUCAGAUAAGAUGAACCAGGACAACAUUUUGGCAAAUCUUAAGAAGGAUGUCCGCUCCUUACUCAUUUCAUCUAAAAUGGGUUUGGACCCUGACCAACUCAGACGGGACUACAACACCAUGUUAGGUCAUCCUCUACCUCUCAAACGCCUGGGCUUCAGAAACGUCAUGGAUCUGGUAACCAACAUGCCUGAUGUGGUGUCAGUCAACUUCAGAGAGGAUAGCAGCAUAUUCUUGAAAGCUGUGAGUGAUGAGUCCACCCGAAAUAUUGAGCAGCUGGUAGCUAAGCAGCGUACAUCCAAUGCGGAUAAGAGAAGAAAAGAAAAAAAGUUCUUUUCACACCGCAGUUCUUACCAACCACCAUCAGUGAUUCUUCCCAGACGGGGUAGUGCUCCCCCGGCACUCCCCCCCCAGCUGAGGGCAAAAUUACGCCUCCUCCUCUCCCAGGGUCCUCUAAAGCUGUCAGAACUGGAUAAUUGCUUUUUGCGAUGCUUUGGCUACCCUCUGCGUGUCCAUGAUUACGGCUUCUACUCUACCGGUGAGAUGCUGCAAGCUGCUGACGAUCUAGUCCUGUUCCAGCACGGCAGGUUUGGCUCCAUCCUGUCCCUGAAAGACCAAAUGCUACCCAAACCCCUGCUGAGAACAUACGAUGCCCAACUGAGCAGCACUGACGCAGCCAAGGCGGUUACUCCCACAGCUAAUACAAGAGUCCCGAUCCCAACUAAAUCUCAAGUGGAUGUGCCAUCACAUUUAACCGGGAAUUCUGCCCACGCUGAGUCAACAAAUUCCAUUCCUAAGCCGCAAGUGAUUGAGCAGAACCAAGAAUCGGAAUCUAAGCCCUGCCAGGAAAGUCUCUUUCAUCAACAUUUCCUAAAGCUGGAAGAGGACUUUCGCCAGCAAAUUGUUGAGAAUGGAAUUGCUGGCACUAUAAAUCAUGAGCUGAAAGAGAAGCUGCUAAAGGUUGUCAGCCAAAGUGACUGUGGAUUAUCAGUCCACGAUCUACCUGAAGAAUAUAAGAGGCUUUUUGGUGAAGACUUGCCACUCAAAGAGCACGGCUUUGUCAGUGUCACCGAGCUAGUUGACGCCAUGGGCGACAUCUUCCACCUGCAACCCGCAGAGAGUGACGGUGGACACCACUGGAUCGUAAAGAACAUUCAGGACGGUGAACUUUCCCAUUCAGGACAGCUUGAUGGUAUAAAUCAGUCACAUGGGUGCCACUUUGGAGAGUCUCUUUGGGAAGGCGAAGUGGAAGAUGACAAUCACAUUGUAUCGGUGGACCAGGUUAAAAAGCCAUUGACCAGCAACCAUUCUAUGAACCAAGAAAGGCUGUCCGAGAUGUGCCCUGCCGUUAAGGUUUACUGCAGCACUACUGUCCCGCUGGAUGCCCUGCAGAGUCAACACCUUAAACAGCCGACUCAGCAUGCCACUCGAGUGUUGGUAGAAGUCAGUGUGGAACAAGUGGAGUCUCCAGGGCUUUUCUAUAUCCACUUCAGUGACAGCGAGGAGGUCCAAGCUUUCGAGGACAUGAUGGUUGAGAUGAGACGAUGUUACUCCUCUCCUGAAAUCUCAGAUCGCUACCGCCUCCCAAAGCAAUUUGUCAGACGGGGGCAGGUCGUCUGUGUGUCAUCCAAGUCCAUGUUUUUCUACCGGGGAGUGAUUCAUCAGGUUUUCAGCCCCACCAGGGUUGAGGUGUACCUCGUUGACAUUGGCAGUAUGAUCACUGUGAACACAGCAGACCUGAAGUUUCUCAAGUCAAGUUUCUCCGCUGUCCCAGCGCAAGCUGUCCCGUCAUCACUAGCUGGAAUUAAACCAGCAACUGGGGUUUGGACUUCAGAGGCCACCGCUUCCUUUGUCAAACUUUGCAGUCAUCGCACCCUAGUGGCCGCUCUGAAUUGCUACACUGAAGAUGUGCUCCAGCUCUACCUGUGUGACACCCACACCGACAAAGACAUCUACGUCCACCAGGUCCUCAUGAGGCAGGGAUAUGGGGUGGCCUGCAGCCCCUCAGCCAGUGCAGCAUUGUGUGUCCAGGUCACCCCUGUUAGUCUGUACCUGGGGGAGGGCACAUUUGACCUGCCUGAUGUUGAAGAGGAGGCCACUUUCAGCCUUCAACCAGCAGAAAAACUUCACCAGUCAUCCAUGGCUGCACCAAAGCUCGAAGCCGAGGAGCCGCCUGCCUUAGAGUUUAUUGAGGACAUUGGCCUCAGCGUCAAUAUCCAGAACAUUUCAUUGACACAGAAAGAGGAGGAAAAAGCGCUCGUGGUCAGAGAAGCAUCCACACCUUCUCUACCUCAGGCCCUGAAGACGCUGGCGCAACACCAGGACUGCACCUUUCAGGGAAUAUUUCUGAAGCAAGAACCUCGUUUGGUUUGGGGCGCUAGCCUUCUGCCUCGACAUGUUGACUUGAGAUGGAAGUAGAGCAAAGAUGGAAAACGGGGCUGACAGGUAUCAUGAACAGGUGAAGAAGAGGAGAGAGGAGAUUAGAUCCCGUUCAUGCGCUGUAUUUCUUAUUGUGACUAGUUUUCAGUGGUCUUGUUGGAUCUUGUUUUGAUAACAGCAUUUGUUCUAAUAUUAUGUGUUCAUAAACUAAUACUAUGUUGAAUCGCUUUGACUAUGGUUGAAGAAGUAGUUGAAGUUCAAGUGCAUGAUGCAAAACAUGCAUACUGACUCUACAUCAGUGCGGUAGAUGUUACCGUGGUUUGAUGUGCAUGAGUGACAAGCACAAGAUGUUUUUACCGUUCAUUUUGCUUCAUUAGUCUUCUUUUAGUAGUGGUCGGCUCCGAAAAUGCCGUUCUUAUACAAGUAAUUGGUUGGGAAUGGCAGUAAUGGCUUCAAUGCUACUGUGGAAAGUUCUGGGUAGUUUAUAUUAAUUUGAAUCAGAAAUCAGAUUGGUUGAUUAGAAUGUUUGGGAGUGACAAAACUAUGUUUUAAGUAGCUGUUGUCGUCAUUGAAUUUUGCUUUUUUGGACCCCAGUUAUCCUCAUUGGUCUGGGAAGUUUUAGCAACCCCAGUGAGAAAGGUUGGUAGUUGUGUUUGUUUGCGCGUUUUCUUCAUUUUUUUUCUAUAACUGCCUGUAGUGAUCAUAGUAUAAUUCAUUUAUUAUAUAUUUUACUGUAUAUUGUUCAAAUAAAAAAAGAAACAUUACUUCUGAGAUCAGAAUUUGUUUACAUUGAAAUGGAUGUAGUCGUAUCCACAAAUGUCGCGGUUCACCUUUUACAGACAAGCUGUUUUGCAGAAUAUGAACGUGUAUUGUGUUCUGCUUCUUGAUUAGCUAAUUUCCUGUGCUGUAGAGGGUGCAUAAAUGUUCAAUUGCUAGCAGUGUGACUCUGAAAUACGGUAUAUUUGCAAAUUUUAUCCUGGACAAACACAAUGUCGACAAAACGUUUGGCAACAUCAAAGGCACCAAAAAAAAAGGAGAGGAAGAAGUAAAACACAUAUAUGGGAAAAUAUGACAACAGUAGCAAUAUGAUAUAACAAGGAUACAAAAACGCUACAGUACAGCGGAAUGUCAAACCUUGUAGGUUAGUCAUUAACAUUCAAACUAAGGUUUGAACUGAGUGUUUAAACAGGAGAGAAAUCUGAGAAAAGUGUAUGAAAGUGUAUGGUGAGGUGCUUCAGGGCUUGAAAACAUAUAAUUGUAAACAAAGUUGGCUACGUCAGAUUUCAUUUAGUGCGGGCUAUUUUGGGAUUUUAUCCCCCUGUGAUAAACGAGGGAACACUGUAUUUUGAAACAUCAGUCCUAUCGCGGCCCCGUACUGGUCCAUGGGUGGGACUGGUUGGAUGGAUCCCUGUGUCAGGAGACGAAAUACCAAUUGGCACGUUCCACCAUGGCUCUUCUUGCGUUGAGUAUUACUAAUUUUGAUUAGGUUCUCUUGACUGAUAUUCCGUAUUAAUUAUGUUGGACCGCAUCAUGAUUUUAGUUCAAAGUCUGAAUAGACUGAGCCACAGUUGUCCUGAUUAGAUGCCUUUGUUCAAACUUGACUAUGUUUUUUUUUCUUCUUUUUUCAAAAUAAUGCCUUGCCUCAUGAAACCACGUUUGCAAAUAAAAAGCCCAGGUUUGGUGCAUCCGAACAUCAGCUGUACUGACGUGUUUUCACGGGCAGCAAAGUAGACGUCAUUACUUACUCUGACUAGAAUUGUGUUCAUCUGUCUCUGUCCUGUUGACGUCAAUGUUGUGUGUUUGCGUACCGCUACAAGUGAUGCCAACGCCGCUCUCAUCCAAUUUGCGAGACAAGAGCAUCAGUACUCCCUGCCUCUUACCUUCUUACUCCCCCCUUCCCCUGAAGCACUGAGUUAGUCCAAGUUUUAUUUUAAAGUUUGUAUUUGUUAAACCUGUAAAUAUGCAGAGGUAUACUUAAAUGCAUGCAGCAACGUGUGAUGUCUUUGUUCUGUCGAUGACGCUUCUGUCAAUGCUACUUGAUCAGAAGUAGUAGCGCCCAUUUCGUUUGUUUAUCGCACCUACUGCUGGUUUCCUCUGUGGUUAACACACAAUGUAGGAAUAAAUUGAUCUUGUACGUUGUCAAACAAGUCUGCAGGUUUGUAUCUGUAGCUGCACAAAAAAAAGAUGGAAAAACAUAAUAGGUCCCAUUUAAAGAAUUAGCCCUCUUUAUGUUAGCUUAAGUGUCAGGGGCCAGCACUGCUGAUUUUGAAGGCACUGGGUAGAUUAGAUUGAUCUAUUGCAACACACAUACGCUAGUGGAAGCAGUGCAACCAAGGGACACGCUACAAAAUGAUGAUAAUAGACUCUUGGGAAUGAAUUAAUGUAAUUUUACUGGACAAAUACUGGAAAUCAGUACUUCUGGUAUUCGUUAGGCCAGCAGAAAAGGCUUUGCAACUAAAAAAAAAUGCAUCUAUUUGUACAAAUGAAACAUGGAAAAAACUUCUGCGGGUUAAAAAAAAUCCUUUAAUAUCACCCAUAACACUCAUGUCUUUGGCCGCAGUCACAAGUAAAUAAGCAAACAAUAGAUUGUUCCAAUUAUGUCAUCAUGAUACAGCCAAUCAUUGGGAUGUUCCACUGUAAUAACAACAUAUGUAUAUGUAUGUAACACACAUACAUACAAAAUUUCAGCACCAAUGUGCAACAUUCUCAUUUUGUUGGUAAUGCUCUGUGUUUGUGUGUGUGUGUGUGGAUGUGCUUCUGGAGGAUGGGCCUGGUCAGACAGACACACACAUAAACUUAUUAUGGGAGGAAAGUAAUGCGGUUGCAGGCCAAUUAGCAGCAUGUGUGCUGAAUGGAGCGGAGAGAUGCGGUGGCUUUGAUUUAUACUCUCAUAAACUGGUGAAGAAGGUUUUUUGGAACAAUCACUUGUGAUUUUUGUUGCUUGAGGAGUAAAUCUAAGAGUCAAUCUAAACCAACCAAGAAAGAACAUCGCCAGACAGUACGGAUUAACAGAUAGUGCUGUUUUCGUUAUGUCUAAUAUCUAGUGGUGUGCAGUUAGGGCCAGCACAGCCUUCUCUGCUGGCCUUAAACACUAUCUUAAUCAUUGAUCUACAUUUAUGACUGAAAAUCUACUAUUUUUUUCCAUGAAAUUGUUUUUAUUUAUUCGCAACAAUCUAUUACUCAUUCAUUUAAUCUCAUUUAAUAGCGCGUCUCUUUACUGCACUGCUUCCAGUCAAGUAUGUGUAUGUUAGAUUUUUUUUUUUUGUGCGUCCAAUCAGAUUUCAGUUUGUGUGUGUUGUCAUAUCACUCUAAACCAGGGGUCUCAAACACGCGGCCCAAAUGUGGCCCGCAGGACACUAGUUUAAUGUUAGUGCAGCCCGCACAAGUUUGAUAUGGAUGCUGUAUGGUAUCAUGUACCCAGAAAAAAUUAUUACAUUUGAUUAAUGUUCAUGUUAAAGGUUAAAUAACUGUUAAUAGUUAUCCUCCCUAUCAGUGAGGAAGUGGUAUGUUUUUGGCUAUUUAAGUUUAAAGGAAAUAACUUGAAGGCUACCGUUUAGGUCGCUAGCUCUCUAGUUUGCGAGUUAGCAUGUGUCUCAAGAUCCUGCAGUUGUGCAAUAUGUAUGAGUAUAAAUGUGACUAUAGUCGUGUUUUGUCAUGUCUACAGGGCUCUAAUAAUGCUUUGUUCAUUUUAAUCUGAAAAAAAUAAUUUGUCUACCCACCAACUAUAUGUGGUUUCUUAAGUUUUUAUUAUUUGCCGUUUUAUUAUUAUUAUUAUAUUUAUUUAUUACUGAUUGAUUGAUUUUCUUUAUUCUUGAUUUGUUUAUUUAUUUUUCAUCUUAUUUUGUGAAGAAAAAUAAAAAGUAAAAUAUUUGAGAACAGUGGAAUGUUUUAUCAGAGCUUUUCUUGUAGAAAAUUGGAACCAAAGCGAAGUUUUUUAAAUGUUUUGGUUUUUAAUAAAUGCGUUUUUUUUUGUUUUUUUCCAUGAAACUCCAAAUAAAAGCUACAUCAGGUCUGCGCUCUGUCACAAAGUUUAGACUAGUAUAUGGUAAUGUGUGAUACAACUGAUUUCAUGAUAGUACUUGUUAUUUUAUUUGACUGUUGGUCAUGAUUGCAAUAUUUGUUUCACUUUGCAUGUGUUUUUUUAAUGAAAUGCAUCGCGUGGCAUUACAGUAAAAGCAUAAUGUCUUCAUUGCAUAACAUAAGUUUGAGUGAAUUGAACUGCUGCCCAUAUCGGUAUCGACCAUUUGAGUUUGUUGGUCAUUCCAUUAUUGUCCGUUGUUCAGAUCAUGCAUUGUCAACAGUAGAUGAAUAACAUCUGAUACAGUUGAAAGGGAAAAUAAUUUACAAAUCUAUGGUCUUCCAUCAUCAAGUAUACAGUAUGUACCUGUUCUGCUGCAUGAAGAUGUGGCUUGUGUUGUUUGCCGGCAGCAUCCGGCUGCAGCUGAGCCCCCUCCUCAGUUAAUAUGCAAUCGCACACCCUGACACUUCCAUUAAACCAUAUUUAUAGCAGCCGCAAAUAAUCGAUAUGCAAAUAUGACGGGCUGUCCACAUUCGCAGAAUUGUCUUUGGUUCAGCCGUGUGAUGCAUCACACUGCAGUGUGUCGUCACAAUAGAGACCACGUCCACCAUCACUCACAGCAUGACUUCCUCGCCAUAAUAAUAUAUAUUUUUUAAUUAUUUUUUAAUCAUCUAAACUCAUAACACGCAAAAGGUAUACCCAAUAAAUAUACAAAC